AUGCUCUCUUCUCUGCAGAGGCUCCGGUUCCGAGUCAGUGUCGGUGCUCUUGUCUGCUUCUGCGUCGUGUCUUCCACCAGUGCAGCCAGACCUGUCUGGCACGAUGCGACUUUCACCCCAGACAUCGUCCUUCGAGUCAGCGUGGCUACCAUCCAACUGAAUUGCCAGCCUCGCCUUUCCACCCUGGUGAAUGGCACGUACCCUGGACCGCCGAUUUACCUGGAGCCCGAACGAACGACGUGGAUCCGCGUCUACAAUGACGCCCAGGUCAACACCACCAUGCACUGGCACGGCUUGUCCCUGUCGACCGCCCCGUUCGCAGACGGCUCCCCUCAGGCUUCUCAAUGGCCGAUCCCACCAGGCCAUUUCUUCGAUUAUGAGGUGCACCCGCAAGCCUACGAGGCCGGUACUUCCUUCUACCACUCGCACGUGGGAUUUCAAGCAAUCACAGCUUCCGGUGCGCUGAUAGUAAAAGACACUUCACCCCUGCCCUACCCGUAUGACGACGAAAUCAUCCUCAAAGUUGGCGAUCUCUAUCCGCAAGACGACCAUGCCAUUGAGUCACAGCUCACAGGGGUCCCCUUUACCUGGAUUGGGGAUCCGACGGCUUUGCUGGUGAACGGCCAGAGUGGCACGGCUCCGAACCAACAGACCCCAAACUCGUCCGACUCUUCAUGCCAGCCGUGGACCAUGAAUGUCGAGCCGGACAAGACAUACCGUGUCCGGUUGAUUGGCAGCACCUCGAUAUCUUUGGUCGUGUUCGGAAUCGAAGACCACAACAACCUGACCAUCAUUGAAACCGACAAUUCGUACGUCUAUCCGGUUGAGACCUCCUACAUGCAAGUCGAUUCGGGACAGCGGUUCAGCUUCCUGCUCAAGACGAAAAGUCGGGGCGAACUGCGAGGCCGCUCGACCUUCUGGAUCCAACUCGAGACUCGACAGGGUGAGCGGACCGUUUCGGCAUGGGCGCUGGUCAACUAUGUUGUCGAAGGUGGGCGUCAAAGACCACCAGGCCCAUCCCCGGGAAGACCAUACCCGGUCCCAGCCACCCCGACAACGCUUACCAUCCCGUCUUCACCUGUGCUGAGUCUACCGACAGACGUGACAACCUGGCUGGAAUAUAGAUUCCAAAACCCCCCGUUUGCAGGCUAUGAUCCACCGCCGAAUUCAUCGGAAGUGACUCGCCGGGUCAUCAUUUCGAGCCUACAGUUCCUCAACAACACGUCGGGCCAUACAGUAAUGAUCUCGAACAAUGCAUCCUGGUUCGACUCCCCUCCGCUCGGUCCCACCGCGCACACGCCGUAUCUGGUGCAAAUCCUGCAGAACAGCACCAUCAACGGCGCCACUCCCGACUUCAACCGGGCAACCAGCAACAGUGAUAGUCCCGGGCUGGACCCUCUGUCGAACACAUACCCAGCGCGCAUCGGCGAAGUCGUCGAGAUUGUCUGGCAGAAUGCCGCGUCCUCUCCGACCCGCGUGUACGGGGCGCACCCGAUGCACGCCCACGGCGGACAGUACUGGGACAUGGGAUCUGGGCCACGGGUCUACGACCCGCAAAACCACUCCGCGUUGUUGCAAGCGCACUCGGUUGGUGGAGGGACCGGGGCAGGGGUAGGGGCAGGAACACCGUACCCAGGAUCCCGGCGCGACACGACCCUUUUGUACAGGUAUACGUCCCAGGGCAGCUACCCGGGUGAAGUCGACGGCUGGCGUGUCUGGCGUGUCAGGGUCACCGAGCGCAACGUCGGGGUGUGGAUGAUGCAUUGCCACAUCUUGCACCAUAUCCUGAUGGGCCAGCAGACGGUUUGGGUGUUUGGAACCCCGGAGGAGAUUAGAAACCAUACUCUGCCGGUCCAAGGGAGUUUGAACGGGUACUUCACGUACGGGGGUGACGCCGUGGGCAAGACUGGUGGGCAGGGUCCGAGUCAAAGCGAGGGCAAGGGAGUGAGGGUCGCGCAGUUCUUUGAAUGA